CCUCCCAAAUCUUCACUCCACCUCAAUCCUCACUCGUCUUCCUUACUUCUUUCAUUCUUACAACCCACUCCUCAGUCUUACACCACCUCCCAAUUUAAUCAUUGUACCUCAGAAUCAUACGAGUUUCUUUGUUCACACUUGUUUGUUUUGUUAGAAAAUCCACGUCUCGCCUUCAUUUUGUUCGUUGUCCUUGCUCUACCGCUGUGCAAAACAGGUUGCUAUUUCUUUGCUCCUCUUGUUUGCCUUGCAAGGCGUUGGUUGCAAGACAGAUUGAUAAACUGAUUAUGGAAGAGGGAAGGCAAUACGCAAUGAAUCCUGAUGUGUACCGAGCUGCUUCCACUGGUGAUUCAAGUUUCUUUGAGACUAUGACAGAUCCCAAUAGUAGUACCCUUCUCGAAGUGACAAUCGGAAAGAACACUGUUCUUCAUGUUGCACUGCAAUUCAAAAAAAUUGAGGCUGCGAAAAAUAUAGUUAAUUUAAGUCCAAGCCUUGCUUUAAAAACAAACUCCAAAGGCAAUACUCCGCUACAUGUUGCUGCGAGGGUAGGGGAUUUUUCAAUGGUAAAGCUUCUAAUAGAUCAGGCCAAAAAAGUGGAUCUUGAACCUGGUGGCCGACAGCAGUUUCUGAGCAUGGUGAAUCAAGAUGGGGAUACUGCCUUGCACGUCGCUGUGCGAUAUAGUAACUUUGAUGUUGUUAAAGAACUAAUUAAUGAGAAUUAUCCAACAGAACUAGCUAUGAAGGUAAACAAGGCUAAGGAAUCCGCACUAUUCCUCGCUGUGGAUAGACAAGACUACAACAUGGCUUCUUACAUACUAAGUGCUGCUCCAGACUGCUCCUAUGCUGGAAGGCACGGCAUGAAUGUCUUGCAUGCACUUGUCCUUCACACAAGCUGCUACUGUAACAAGGGAAAUUUGCUCCUAAAAGAAAUGGAGGAAAACCGACAAAAAUUUGAGACUGUCCCUCAGCGUUUCAGGCGGGCCAAUCCGCGUGUUACUCGAAGUGUCUUUGCUGUCCUUUGGAUCAUCAAUAUGCUAUUUCUAAUCCCUAUUCCGAAAUUUUUCUUUGAGGAUGAUUCAAAAGAGAAAUAUCAUAUACCUUGGAACAAAUUUGAAACCAUUCCAAAAGAUUUUGUGAAAAAAGUGAUGGAAAAAUUUCCAUCUGCAAUUGAACAAGGCGAUGACUUAGGAUGGACUCCUCUACACAUUGCCGCGCAUAUGGAUAAUGUGGAAUUUGUCAAGCUGCUUUUAGAAAAGGGCAAUUCCCCUGCAUAUGUAAGAAACAAAGAAGGUUUAUCUGCUCUUCACAUUGCGACCAAGGAAGGCAAUCAUGAGGUAAUGAAAGAACUCAUGGAAGCAUGUCCAGAUAUAUACGAGUUGUUGGACAACAAGGGUCAGAAUGCUCUUCAUGCUGCUGCAGAAAGUGGAUGGUGGACGGGUAUCGAAUUUUUUGUGAGGAGACCAGAGCUUGAGAGUCUUAUCAACGAGCAGGAUGAAGAAGGACAUACGCCUAUGAAUCUGGCGGCCAAUAGGGACUUAUAUAAUGCAUUGAAAUCGAGCAACAGUAAAUGUGUUGACUUAAAUGCUACGAACAAGCAGGGCUUCACCACAAUGGACAAACUUUUGUUAACAAGCGGGUUACUGAUCGACUCGACAGAGAGAAUUUUGUGGGAGAUGGGAGCUCGACCAAGCCUGAGGGGAGCACUCUUAAAGAUGGGUAUUCAGAAAUUUGACCCUAGAAAGAAAGAAAAACUGGCAGGCGAUGGCAAUAGCAAUAGCGAUGGCGAUGGCAAAGACAAAGGCAGUGGCGAUGCCAAUAUGUUGGUAGCCACACUCAUUGCCACUGUGACCUUCACGGCAGCUUUCACGGUGCCUGGUGGAUAUAACCAAAAUGGAAAUGUGGGUGAGGGCUUGGCAGUAUUAAGGAAUACAACUGCUUUCCGUGUAUUUCUAAUAGCUAAUACUUUAGCUUUUGGUCUUUCCACUACCUCAGUAUUCGUCCACUUUUUGGCUUCAGCAACGAUUGAUGAAAAAGUAGCUUUUCACAAAAAAUUGGCACGACGUAUCGCUUUUUUCACAAACUGGUCUAUCGGAGCUUUGCUGGUAGCUUUUAUUGCAGGCACCUAUACAGUGGUGCCACACUCCUUGGGGAUUACUGUAACCGUUCUUCUUUGUUGUUGCUUCCUAAGUAGCAUGUUUUUCCCUCUCACUACCGGAACAAUUUGAUAGCUAAGCCCAAGCUGGUCUGGGAUGAUUUGGUUGAUUGGGGGCCUUCAGAAUUUGCAAGGAAAUGACUUUAAAGCUAUGUGUUGCAAGUUGGUAUGGGCACAAUUGGAGUAGGAGGAAUGUUGGUAGCAUGAGGCAAGCAUUUUCAAGAUCCUUAUACGGGAGGCUUCUUGUGUUUGGCCAUGUUUCAAAGACUUUGUUUGAUGUGCUUG